GCUCCUUGAAUUGACGCGAAAAUCACACCAUCAAUGACGUCUUAACGUUUCCGAAAAUGUAUAAUUAUUAUUAGAUAUACAUACUGUUUAGUAUUUUUAUUUUUUCAAAAGCUGUUAUACCGAUUUACUUUGACCCUCUAUCCUAUAAUAGCUACUGGUGUACGCGAGUGUAGUUUAGUGUAUUCGAUACGGCGUGGUUUAAGUUAUAAGUAUGUUCACCGAGUAUAAAGUCUGUCACGUUCACUAGUACAAUGAGUAAUAUCGAUAAAACUGUUCAUUCUGAAGAAAAUAUUAUCAAUGACCCGGCACCAGCACCUGCAGUGGCAAAUCCAGUUGCGGAAUGUGAAAUGGACGCACUACUGCUCGGAAGAAUCGGGGAAUUGGUCGUAAUCACGCCAAAUGAGCGAAACUGGCGCGGUAUUCUUAUCGCGCUUUUGGUCAUUGUAGCUGUUUUGGGCUUGAUAGUAUUCUUUAUUGUCCUACUGUCACCGCCAUACAAAGGUCCUAGGAAUCUCGGAAGCAAGUUUACGGUCGAUCAAAUUGCCGGGGACACAUUCAAAGCGCCUUCUUUUAAUGGCUCGUGGAUAUCAAGCGUGGAGUUGGUGGUUCGAGACGCACAAGGUGGCGUCAGCGUAUACAAUGUCGAAACAAACAAACACAGGGUACUCCUCACGAGUUCGUCUUUUAAACGAGUGAACGCGAAUGAAUUUCAAACGUCAAGCGAUCAAAAUUACGUGCUGCUGGUAUCGGACGAGAAAAAAAUUUACACGAACACGCGGGAGGCCAAGUAUCACGUUUUUGAAGUAUCAACCCAAAAUGGCGUACCACUUAUGACUACCUCCAAAACAGUGGAUGAUGGCGAACAAAUUUACAUACAAAAAGCGCAAUGGUCACCGACCGGUAGUGGACUGGUGUUCGUGCACAAAAACGAUUUGUACUAUAAAAUCCACGGGAACCGUCACAGUAGAGUUCUCAGGAUUACGGACACGGGUUCGUCAACCGUGUUCAAUGGUAUACCAGAUUGGCUGUAUCAAGAAGAAAUUUUCAAAUCCGAUAAGGCGUUUUGGUUUUCACCAACUGGACGGUAUUUAGCGUAUGUGACAUUCAAUGAUUCAUUGGUUGGCGAAUACAAAUAUCCAGUAUACAACACACGAUUCCAGUAUCCAUAUUAUCAGUCUUUAAGAUAUCCAAAGGCGGGAACCCCAAAUCCAUCGGUGACUGUGUGGUUGAGAGAUCUGAAAAACGAUAGUUUAUCAAAUGUUACGCUAUUACAAAAACCACAAGCAUUACAUACGGAAAGUGAACCUUAUUUAAUGCAUGUCAAGUGGGCAAAUGAAAAACGUAUUGGAGUUGUUUGGAUGAAUAGAAAACAGACAAUAAUGGUGAUAUCUAUCUGCUCGGAGCCAAACUGGGAGUGUCAAGACUCCUAUGUGGAGAAAAUCGGUGAUGGAAAGGGAUGGUUGGAAAACACCGAAGUCGUGUUCAAUGAGGAGGGCACUAGUUAUUUGGCAAUAUUACCUGUACUUGACGGUCCACGCGGAACAUAUCCACACAUCUGCCAUGUUGAUAUAUUUACAAAAAUCGUACUGCCGCUGACGAGUGGAAGUUUUUGCGUCGUUCGAAUCGUCCAAUGGGACCAGACGAACCAACUUAUAUACUUCGAAGCGAUACCAGAAGGAAAACCGUCGCAACGGCAUUUAUACAAAGUGCCGGAUAACGUUAACAGCACAGCGGGCUGGGAAUGUUUGACAUGCCCUCCGAAUGGACCGAAAAAAAAUACUUCCAAAAUGGACACGAUGAGUUCGGAUAUCAGCGAUUCAUUCCGGUUAAGUCUUAAAGGAUUGGAGUCUUCGAAACUACCACACGAUUCGUGGCCAGUGAGGACGAACUCGUGUCUAUAUGUCCGAUCUCAUUUUUGUCGGUACCCGAAUUCCAAAUACUACGUUUUAGAAUGUUUAGGUCCUUUAGUGCCCAAAGUGAUAUUAAUGAACCUGCAGAUAAAUCAAAAAGUAAUGAUAUUAAACAAUUAUACAGCACUGGCAGCUAAAUAUUCUACAAUGGCUAAACCUAACAUACAAAUAAUGCAGGUGGAGGUCGAAAGCGGAUUCAUCGCUCAAACCAAAUUGAUGCUUCCUCCUGCAUUUAAAGAAUACGACGAAACCGCGUUUCCGUUUAUUUUAUACAUUAAAGGAAAGCCUGGCACUCAGUCGGUUACCGAAGAGUGGUCUGUAGAUUGGGCCACGUACUUGUGCAGCAACAAGAAUAUUAUCAUCGCCAUAAUCGACGGUCGUGGAACAUUAGGCCAGGGCGACAGAUCUAGAACGUCCAUUUACUAUAAAAUGGGAACCACGGACACAGAUCAGCUUACAGUUUUAUUGUACCUUAAAGACACGCUAAAAUUUAUAGACAAAGACCGUAUUGGAAUUUGGGGCAAAGGAUACGGCGGAUACGCCACUGGAAUGAUACUUGCCAAACGACCAGAAGUGUUUCGAUGCGGCAUUGCGACGUCACCAAUUACGAAUUGGGCGCAUUUCGAUUCGGCUUGGACUGAAAAGUUGAUGGGCACCCCAAAUGUGACAGACAAUUAUCGUGGAUACGAAGACUCAGAUUUAAGUAAAAAGGCAAUUACAUUGGAUAAAAAACUGUUAAUGUUAAUUCAUGGCAGUGCAGAUGAAACAGUCCAUUAUCAGCAUAGCAUGAUGCUGAUUAGGGCAUUAACAGAAAAAGGAAUAUUAUUCAGACACCAAACAUAUCCAGAUGAAGGACAUACUUUCGAUGGAUCGACUAAACAUUUAUUGCAUGCUAUGGAACAUUUUUGGGAUGAGUGUUUCGGUCCAUUGGACUUUGAUGACUGGGACGAGAGCUUAAACUUUUUUGCUUUUACGCAGUAAUUCAAAAUACAAACCAGUUCAACCCAGUGAUGUAUUUAUGACUGGAAGCUUGCAGUUAAUACUCCUAAAGAAUUUCUUAUAUUCCUAUAUUAUUUUAAAAUUUACACAGAAAAAAAAUUGAAUAUUGUUGAUAACAUUUUUUUCCUGUUUAAGAGCAUUUGUUAUAUUAUGUUGAUAAAGUAUGUUAUUUAUAAUAUUUAUAAUAUUUAUAUUAUUUCGAAUUGAGAUAAUCCUGCAUCCAAUAGCUUUCAGAAUCUGUUAUUUUUAAUGUAUUUUAAAACGCUACCUAUACGUGUGGAUUCACUUGGGCGCUGCGUUAUCAGCUAUGUAUUUAAAAUCGUGGCAAUCAUUAAUUUAAAUGUUAGAAAUGUUAUUAUAGCAGCUUUAACAAUAAAUUACUUAUCACCUCCCCUCCCUGUUAAAACAAAAAACAAAAUGCGUAAAUAUACCACCGUAUCGACCAAUACGAGUCCGUCAAUGGCUUCAGAAAUGUUUUCCGAUUAUAAAAACAUAUUCACAGGGUGAUCAAUUUCAUAAUAAAAUCAAACUAAUCGUAUUGUAGACCAACAUUGUGAUUACGAAAUGAAGACAAUCUGUGUAAUUUGCAAACGAGUGGAGUCUUAAACCAAUAACACCGGUGUAAAAUUAUUAUUUAUUUGUAUCACAUAAUCAUUCAGAGCUUAAUGUAUCAAUGUAAUGUAUUUAUCAACUAUUAUACUGAUCACAAUUUAUCAUCGUAAAAUCAUUUUUACGCACAAAUUGUUUACUAACAGUGGUUACAUUUUCACAUAUUACAAUGUAAAUGUUUCAUUCAAAUGUACACUUUGCUUAUCCAUUCAGAAUUAACUACAGUAGAAUGUUUUUGUAACGACUACAUUUAUAAUUUUAUCAAUAGUGUAAUUCAGACAUAAAUUUACCGAUUAUCAAAUAAUUGUGUUGAAAUAACAUAACAAAUAGUAAAAUGUGUUCUAUUAAAAUAUAGUCGAUUUUCUAUUUAUUGUUGUGUAGGAUAUCGUAUACAUUAUUUGGCUCAAGUAACUGUGAUAAACAACUAUACAAAAAAAAAUUGACAUUUGCCAUAGCAGUAAAACAAUAAUAAAUGCCACUUUUUUUUUUUUUAUUAAAUAUUAAAAAUGUAUGUUAUUAUUUUAUACACAGUGUAUGAAAUUAAUGAUAACUAAAAAAAUCAUAUAAAUAUUUAACUGCCUGAAUAUCUGUACAUUAAUUUUGAGAAGAGCUAACAGUUUAUUAUUAGUAAA